UGCGAUUGACACAUUUCUGAUUUCUCCGUCUUUAAAAGUUUCUUCAAAAUUCUUUGAAAUUCCGGGUAUUUUAUAAAUUAUUCAGAGUGAAAAAAUUUUGAACCCGGCGCUACAUUCUGCACAUGCCAGUGGUAGUAGUAUAGAAAGAACUGUCAAUUCCUUUAAUCCGUCUCGCCGAAAGGUAGAAGAAAGAACGCCCCUCUCCGAUAAAAUCCCCGAAUAAAGUCCUCAUCCGCCCAGAGAAAGUCACAAAGUAUCUUCAGCCAAACUUUCUUGCGGAUCUGAGAUGGAUAUAUUAGCUUAAUUUGUACUACCUUGAAUUUUUAAUAGGUUUAAACUUGAUUGAGAGCGCCGGCUGAUUGUCCCUUUUUACACAAUUAUAUUUUACAUUCAAUUUCAAGACAACAAGCCAAUCAACUUUCACCUUGUGAUAAGACAUUUUGGAAAUCCACCAUUGCUGUAUAACGAUCUGAUCUGGUACAAAUACUUUAAUGAAGGAAGAAAAUAAUACUUAAGACCAACUCACGCCGCUCAUUCAUUAUUCGUCACCAUCAUAACAAAGUACAGGAGAGAAAGUUAUCUGCUUGCCAAUGUCGAGGUGUGUCAAAAGUGAGGUCAGUUUAUGAUGUUCUUGAAGGAUCUGUAAUCUCGUCAGCCUGGAUCUCCAAGAAAUUACCAGCUCCAAUACUACUACGGACCUUGCUUCAAAUAUAAUUCUACUGGAGACCAGUUGAAGAAUCAAGAAAUUAUAAUGGAUCCUUGGAUUGUGGUGCCGGUGGAGAGGGCUCGACAUAUUGAACAAUUUAAAGCCCUUGGGCCGGUAGGAGGUUUUAUUACUGGGGACCAAGCGCGAGGAUUUUUAUUGCAAUCAGGCCUUCCACCUCCAAUCUUGGCACAAAUAUGGGGGUUAGCUGAUGUCAAUUGUGAUGGGAAGCUAGAUAUCAAUGAGUUCAGUGUAGCAUGUAAAUUAAUCACUAUGAAAUUGAAAGGCUUAGAAAUGCCACCGUCAUUGCCACCAUCACUUCGAGCAGUUUUGAAUGCAUCUGGACAGACAACACCUAUUUUGUCCCCACAAAUGGGAAGCGGGAUGGCUACUCCACCGGUGGCUGGUGUUAUGAGUCCACCUGUAAUGAGAAUGCCUGGUCAACAAAUGGGUGGAAUGGUAGCUCCUACGGGUGUUAUUCCACAGCAGAUGGUCAUGCCUGCCACCGGUAAUUCUGUGCCUCCGACAUCUUUAGCUUUUCGUUCUUCAACUCCACCAUCAGGGCAAGGUCGAUCCGGGUCAAUAACUAGUCACGAUUCUAUUGUGUCACCACUGCUCGAAUGGGCUGUUCCACACCCAUCACGCUUGAAAUAUACUCAGCUUUUUAAUCAAAAUGACCGUUCAAAAUCUGGGUAUCUCACAGGAGUUCAAGCCAGAAAUAUAUUACUAGGGACUGGUCUUCCUCAGCCAAUUUUAGCACAAGUGUGGGGUCUGUCCGACAUGGACAACGAUGGGAGGCUUGGAACCGAAGAAUUCGUACUAGCUUUACAUCUCUGCGAUGUCGCCAGACAGACUGGAAGAUUACCCACAAAGCUCACCCCAGAUUUGAUUCCACCCUCAUUUCGUACUGGUAGUAGAAAGCAGUCCCUCAAAGGAGGUACAGGAACCGGAGGAUCACUUGUCGGCAGCGGCCCUAAUACUGGAACGAAUUCUCCAAUUGUUGAAUGUGAAUUAGUUAUGUCUCCCGGUGGAACCACAUUUGAAGACAAACGUAAAGAAAACUUUGACAAGGGGCAGGCAGAACUAGAACGAAGGAGAAAAGUUUUACAAGACGCACAAGACCGAGAACGUCAUGAGCGAGAGCGAAAAGAAAGGGAAGACUACGAACGUCGAGAAAAACAAAGACUGGAGAUCGAAAGACGACAAGCAGAAGAAAGAGAGAGACAGCUUGCCAUGCAGAAGGAAAUGGAAGAAAGAAGAAUGGAAGAACUUCGAAAAAAUGAAGAACAAAAAGAUCAUGCGAGGAGGGAGAUGGAGAGACAAAGACGAGCAGAAAUGGAUGACAACAAGCGUCAAGAACUUUUAGCUAGACGGCAGAGAGAACAAGAAGAGGUGCUGAGAAUGAAGGGUGUAAAUCAUGGUUUAGGGUUGGAAAUUUCUCAAUUGACUGAUAAAGUGAAAGAACUUUCGGGGAAAAUCACUGAGACUCGUCAAGGAGUUUCGACUGUAAAAACUGAGAUUGACGGAAUGAGAACUAAUCGUGACACGUUUAUGAAUGAAAUGGGAAUGAGGAAAGGCCAACUCAAGGAUCAGAAUAAUAGGAUGUUGUUAGCGGCCCAAGAGAAGAUACGAUUAGAAAAGUUGGCGACUGAGAGCGAAGCCAAACAAAUGAAUCUAAAACAAUUACGGGAAAAGCUACAAAACAUGAGAGAAGAGCUCGAAAAGAAAGAAUCUGAUACCGAUGUUGGAGUAAACGAGUGCAACGAACUGAAAAAUACGCUCGCAACACUAAUUGAAAGUUGCAAAACGAUUUAUAGCGAGUUCAAGACGAAACGGGAAACUGUCAUUACCAACAGAAAGAAGCAUGUUCAAGAGUUGGAUUAUAAUUCGGCAUGGGGCGACACAGGGAAAGAUCUCUCACGACAAGGUUCACUUGCCACCAACGGAGAUGGUUUAUCGUACUACCGAGCUCUUUAUGACUUUGAGGGUAGAAACGAAGACGAGUUGACCUUUAAUGCUGGUGACAUUAUACAAAAAAACGAUAGUGUGGUUCCUGAUCCAGGUUGGUUAGCCGGUAUAUUUAAUUCACAUUCUGGCUGGUUUCCGGAGUCAUUCGUGGAAUGCAUAUCGGCAGAAGAGGCUGCUAUUUCGACCCCUGCAGUUUCUCACGUGCCUCUACCAGUUCAACAAUCGGUCGAAGUAGACGGUACUAUUGGGGAAUAUUAUGUUGCCGUCUACCCAUACGAAUCCCAUGAGCCUGGAGAUCUUGCCUUUGAAACUGGCGAAACUAUAUUUGUUACUCAUAAAGAAGGUGAAUGGUGGACAGGUCAAAUCGGGUCCGACCGAGUAGGAAUAUUUCCUGCCAAUUAUGUUCAACCACCAGAUCAUACUACUGCAAGUACUACAAGUGUUCCUGAAGCGGAGGUUGUAUCCCACGAAGCCCACGAUGGUUACUCCAACACUGUUUCCAGUACCGUUACUUCCACAAACUAUUCUGAGAAAAUGGACACUCAUGUGAGGGACCUUGGAAGACGACACGAUUUGGAACCAUUCGAAGAAGCCGAAAUUAAACGUGAAAUCAGUGAAAUUGUGAAACAACCACCUCAAAAGUCGCCGAAAGCAACAAAGACUAAACGAUAUGAGAUUGCAACUGUAUUAGCAAACUAUCAGGCAACGUCAGAAGGUCAACUUAAUUUAACUCGUGGUCAGUUGAUAACUGUACGGAAGAAAUCUCCUUCUGGUUGGUGGGAGGGAGAAUUACAGCUGAAAGGAAAAACAAGAACAAUUGGAUGGUUCCCUGGUUCCUUUAUAAAAGUCCUCGGUCCUGGAGGAGGUUCACGCCAGUCUUCUUCACGAACAACACCAAUCCCGUUUGACGAGUACGACAUGCCUAUUACCGACGCUCCAAUGCUCCACCAUUCGGCCGACACAGAAAUAACGGAAACAAUACAUGGGGAUUCACGACGCCAAGUUUACUCAGAGACAAAAGAACAAGUGAUUGCUUUGUAUCCGUAUACUGCUCAGAACUCGGACGAGUUGAGUUUUAUAAAGGACGACGUAAUAAUUGUAAUAUCAAAAGACGAGCCAGACUGGUGGCGAGGGCAGAUUGGAGGAUCUGUAGGACUAUUCCCGACUAAUUAUGUUCAACCCAUGUCAAACACACAGGGCCAGGAAGAUUUGCAAUCUCCACCAUCGAGUCGUCCCAUCUCGUUUGGCGACAGUCUUCCCAGUCAGACGAGCCACAAAAAUGGAAAUGACACUUGGGGAGAAAGUGGAUUCGCGACGUUCAAUUUCUCUCAAUCUUCGUUUAGCAAUGGUGGUGCAGAUUCUAACAGUAAUAAGUCAAGCUCGUCUAUAUUUGAAGAUUCGAAACGUCAAGAUGCUAUUCAAGAACUGAUCAGCACGGAAGAAACGUAUAUGGCGGAUAUGAAAAUUGUUAAAAAUUGCUUUAUGAUUCCGUUAUUUAAUUCUGGGCUUCUAAAUCCGGAUGAACUACAAACCAUAUUCAUAAAUUGGGACGACUUGAUCGACUGUAGCAGUAGGCUUUUGAAAGCAUUUAUAAUUCGGCAGAGAACUUGUUACUCUGGCGUUAUUCAAAUGAUAGGAGACAUUCUUUGUCAACAUAUUCCAUCGUUUACAAUCUAUAUUAGAUUCUGCAGUGCUCAAUUGAGAUCUGCGGCUCUAUUGCAAAAUAAAUGCGAAUCUUCAACAGAAUUUAAAGAAUAUUGCAAAUCUUUGCAAGGCAAUCCAAACACAAAAAGUUUGCCUCUAAGUUCUUUUUUAAUCAAGCCGAUGCAAAGGAUAACCAAGUAUCCACUCUUAGUUAAAAAGAUUAUGGAGUCUACACCCGACGAGCAUCCGGACAGACAAAAUCUGGAAGAAGCAUUAAUAAAAGCAGAAGAGCUAUGCGCCCAAGUUAAUGAAGGAGUAAGAGAAAAGGAAAAUUCGGACCGACUUGAAUGGAUGCAAAGUCAUAUACAGUGCGAAGGCCUGGAGGAACGCCUAAUUUUUAACUCGCUCACCAAUCAAUUAGGACCAAGAAAAUUUUUACAUCACGGAAUCUUGCAUAAAACUAAAAGUGGGAAGCAAAUUGUCGGAUUCCUGUUUAACGACUUUCUGUUAUUAGCCCAACCAAAUAAACUCCUUUCAACUUCGUUCUCUUUUGAUCGUCACAAAACUAUGAAAUUCAAGAUUUACAGAAAACCAUUGUUUCUAAACGAGAUAUGGAUUGAAGAAAGCGUGAGUGAAAAUGAAAAUGAAUUUGCCGUUGGAAUUGAAAAUAACAAGGGCUCGUGGAUGUAUGUCACCGCUCCUGGAAUAUCUGAGAAACGAUUGUGGCUGAAAAGUAUUCGAGAGGCAAAGAAAAGAUUCCUUCUUACUGAACAGCAAUAUUUGCAGAGGCAAAAGUCUAUUCGGCGACGUCCAAUAUUGGGCAAAUUAAGAGUGGUUAUAGUUCGUGGGUCUAAAUUAGCUAAUCGCGAUCCCAACGGAAAAAGCGACCCUUACUGUGAGAUUUCUCUGGGUUCUGAAAUCAAGAGGACUAAAGUAAUUCGUGGAUCCCUCAACCCAAAAUGGAAUGAUUCCAUGCAGUUCUCAGUGAAGGAUUUAGCACAGGAUAUCUUAUGCGUAACUGUCUACGACAAGGACUAUUUCUCUCCUAAUCAGUUCCUGGGACGCACAGAGAUUGGAAUUGUCUCCAUUUUUGAAGAGACUCGCAACCGGAAAACGCCAUGGACCCGUAAAUUUCCAUUACACGAAGUUGAAUCUGGCGAAAUUGUUAUUAAGCUACACUUGCAGCUGUUUGAAAAUUAGAAUUUAUAUUUCCUAAAAUACUUAUCCCUCCGUAUUCCACCGCGAAACAAUACAUGCAUGACAUACCUUACUCCACAUUCCUUGCACAAGGACUAUCUAGGUAUCUAAUAAUAGUACGUUAAUUAGUCAUUACAUAGUUGGUUUAUAUGACCUAUACUUAUAAUGUCACGUUUCUGUUAAAAUCUUGAUGCACGAUAGUAUUUAGUAGAUAGUUAUAAAUUUAUUAUAAGAAACGUUUAAUUUUGUAUUUCUUGUGAUCACAUGGAUUUAAAAUACCGAAAAUAAAAUAUAUUAAUCGUCCAAA